AUGUGCAUUCAUGUUACAUUCGUAUGGGCGGCUUUCGACCAGUCAGUGAUCAAAGUAUUAUUCUGUACUCCAAAUUGUACAUAUAGUUUAGCAGUGAUGACGGAUGCGCGAUCUCCUGUUGAUAGCCCUUCGAGACACAUUACAGUUGUUGAUGUUUACGAUUUAGCCGCUUCUAUUGGUAAGGAUUUCGAGCGCAUCAUUGAUCAGUAUGGUGAUGAUUGUGUUCGGCAAAUCAUGCCGAAGGUUAUUUCGGCUCUGGAAACUCUUGAAUCGUUUGCGAAUCAUAAUGAAAAAGAAAAUGAAGAAAUUGUGAUGUUGAAGAAAGCGGUUGAGAGGUUAGAAAAUGAAAAGCAUGUAAAACAACAGGAUCGGAUCAAAUUUGAAUUGGAAUUAGAAGCAGUAGAAGAAAAUUACCGGAAAGAAAUCGAUGAUCUCUGGUCAAUGGUGAAAAAUUUACAGCUGGAAAAUAAGCAUUUGUCAUCAGUUACAGGAGAUGCUAUGCCAUCACCGUUCUGUGUUUCAGCGUCUCGUGAAGAAGACUUAAAAAUGUUGCUUGAAUUGCGAGACCUUUCUACGAAACAGAAAGAGCAAAUAAAGGAGUUACAAAAGGAUAUUGAUACAUAUAGUUGUGAAGUUGAAAAUCUGCAUAAUAAUGUUGAAAAACUUAUUCGUCAAAACGAGGAACUUUUGCGAAAAAAUGCAUCGUUACAAAAACAGGGGCGAAUGUUGGUUGAAGAAAAAAGUGAAAUUAUUAAGAGACUGCAGUUCACCGAAGAAGCAAAUAUCAAGUUGACGAAAUUAUUCAAAGAUGCUACCCGUCAGUGCAAAGAUUUACAGCAGUCUCAGAUGGAUGAAAGUGACAGUUCUCCUAGAUUCACCUUAUCAGAAUUACGUGAAGUUUUACAAGAAAAAAACUUGUUGAAAGGGAAGGUUUUGGAACUAGAAGAAGAACUUGAACAACUGCGACCAUCUUAUCGGCGAGAAUCUGUAGCGAGUGAUUUUAGCAGAGAGUUCGAAAGUUCCACUAAAUCAGAAGAAUGUGUUGUUUAUGGGCCAAUCAACAAGGAACCGGAAGAGAAGUUGUAUCCCUGGAAGUACGAACGAAAAGAAAGUGGAGUGCGAAAGUUGUAUGCCUUACUUUAUAAAAAGUUACAGAAGGAGUAA